AUGAAGUAUUAUGUUUGUUUGACAGAGCUUGUACAAUGUCAAAGUGAGGAGGAUGGUGGUGAUGGGGUUGCCACCGAUUGGAUGUGCACCUUAAUACUUUCAGAAAUACAGGCGCUAGAACGGAGAGUGUUCAGGGGAUGUGAACAGCCUGACAUGGAAUACAACUUCGUCAUGAGAUACACUGUUGAUCAGCUUAACCGUGAGCUUCGGGGCGUACGCAUAUCAAUUAUCUACUGCGAUGUGUUUGAAAGCUCAAUGAAUAUCCUCAAGAACCACCAACUGUACGGUUUCAGUGAGACGACGAAGGAUUGUUGUGGGCUAGGGACGUACAAGGGAUGGCUUCCGUGCAUCUCGCCGGAAAUGGCUUGCUCUAACGCCGCCAGUCAUCUAUGGUGA